GGUGCCUGCUCACGCUCGGUCGCGCGCCACAGCCUGAGCUCGGGCGUACGUAUCCCUCUGGGCCACGCCAAGUGUCAGCAACAAGCACCGAACCCCACUCCUCCCCCCGCUCCUCUCCUCUCCUGCUCCCGAGACCAUGGCGGCGACGCCUCCUGCCACCGCCGCCGCCCCCCCCCCCGCGGGCGGGGCGCACAGCGUGUUCGUGUACGGGAGCCUCAUGGCGGACGAGGUGGUCAGCGCCAUCCUCAAGCGCAUCCCGGUCUCCUCCCCGGCGCUCCUCGCCAACCACCAUAGGUUUAACGUCAAGGAUCGUAUUUAUCCAGCAAUCCUACCUGUUGAAAGCAAGAAAGUUGCUGGAAAGGUUUGUUAACUGUUUUACAGAGCUCAGCUAUUUAUCGUUUUUUC